AUGAAUCCCGAGAUUCCCGCGCCCAAAGACAGCCAAGAUGUUCAAGAUGGAGGAGCUGUUCAACAAGCUGUAGAGCUGGUGGGUAAGAUGCUCGAGCAGAUUCAAAUUGAGCUUGAGAAAAUGCUAUCUCAACGUGGUGAAGUCCCAUCCGAAGCAGAUGCUCCCGAAAAUGAAAAGGAUGAGUCCCAGAAACGAUACAAAAUCCUUGAAAGCAAUUAUCAGAAGAUAUCAGAAGAGCUUAAAGUCUUCGGCCGCCAAAUAGCUAGUGCACCCGACAAAAGCGGCCAAGUUCAAGCAGAAUUGAAAUUUGCUCAGGUUCAAAAUGUUGUCGAAAAAUUGAAAGCCGAGGUUCAGAACCUUCAAGCUCAGUGUAACGACUAUCAAGCACAAGCACAAGCUCAUCAGAAUCCUCAAAAUGUGCAAGAAUUAGAGACUCAACUUGAGGAACUCAAGAAUGAAAAUAAAGAACUGCAAAGAAAAAGAGUCGAACGGCUGGACAAGGAUCCUGAUGCGUGGCGUCGGUGGGUCAACAGAUACAACAGUGUGGAGAAGGCUGGGCCAAUGUCGCUGUAUGGAGAAAGAUAUAAACAAAUGUUACAUAAGCUGGAUACCUUCGUCUUCUUAUACCUAGAUUGGAAACAAGAGCCGAAGAUGGAGCUUAUCGGUCAACAUAAAUGGAGAGACAGAACUUUGAGAUGGGCUUUCGAAAAGAAACCAGACUUUGAACGAUAUUGUCGCCUCAAAAGGGCUGUCUUUCAAUUUUUGAGCGAUGAGAUAUUGCUUCAGCCAGCAUUCGGCCUUGAUGAUGAAGACGAGGGUGUAAAGAUGGAAGCUGGACUUACAGCUUUUGAAAGGAAGCUCCGGGAAUCUUCUAAAGGUCAACUUUUCGAGAGUCUUGACUGCCAUAAUUGGAGAAAAUUUACCUACAGGUGUGCAAAGGUGAUUCGAGAGAGAGAUUCAGAGAGGAAGAUAGUUGCUUUGGUAUCAGCUUGGGAAGACUUCUUAAGACCUGUGCCAAAAAAAGAAGAUGUAAAGACCACCCGGGAAGUAAUGUUAAGAAUUUGCAGAGAGGCCUUCAUGUUGAGUCAGAUUCUGAGAGCAGAGCCAGUUGAUUAUUAUAAGAUAUAUUAUCCACAACCCGGAGAUUCAAUAACACCCGAGGGGGAGGAUAAAUAUAAUCCUGAUACAAUGCAGGUUCGGGGCGAGGAAGCAGGAUUUCCCGCAAAUGAGGUUGGAACUGUUGCGUAUACUUAUUACGGCGGAUUGUUUUUCCGGGAUAUUCACCAACAGGAGGUGUGGAAUUCGCUUGUACCAGCGCAGGUAGUUGCGAAAGUGACAGUGCCAAGAAAGUGA